AUGGGUCAUCAUGUUUCUAAACAAACCUCGCAAAUUACAUUAAGGAAAAAUGAAAGCGAGCUUUUGAUUAAAUGUCUCGAAAUUUAUCCUUAUAAAAUAAUUGAUGGACGCAUAUUUCAAGUGGAUAAUGAACGAUAUGUUAUGCCUUGCGAUAUUCCUGAGAAAGAGCGUCUUCAAAUGCAACAUGAGCUAUAUAAAAGAAUAUGGGAUGCUAAUUUCUCAUCUCUGAUACAUGAAAGAUUAAACCAAGGAGGAAUGCAAGUCCUUGAUGUUGGUUGCGGCUCAGGCAACUGGAUUCUCGAUAUGGCUAAGGAAUAUCCUACAUCUACAUUUUUGGGUAUUGAUAUAAUGGAGCCAUCAUCAGAUAUUAUACAACAAAAAACCUCAAAUGCUGGGUUUCUUAAAUUUAAUGUAUUAAACGGUUUACCAUUUCCAAAUGAAACGUUUGAUUUCAUAUAUCAAAGAUUUUUAUGGGCAGCUUUUACGCCGAACCAAUGGAUACAGUUAAUACAUGAAUUAAUAAGGAUUACAAAAAAGGGCGGUAUGAUAGAAUUAAUGGAUUUCGAAGCAAAAAUUCAUAAUCCUGGUCCAAUUGCUAAAAAAUUUAGCGAUGCUUUACAACAACAUUUGAUUUCAAAUGGAAUAAGUACAAAAAUUCAAACACAAAUCCGAAACAUUAUAGAAAGCAGCGAUAAAUUCGAAUCAAUAAAGAUCCUUGAAAAGAGAACACCGGUUGGAAACUGGCAGCGAAAAUCAGAUGGAAUACAUGGAACGAAGUUGCUUGAAAAUACCACAGAAGCAUUAAAAGCUUUAAAAGUCGCAUUGAAAGUGGUGUUGGGUGUUGACGAUCAAGAAUAUAAAGUAAUGCUGGAGCAAUUUACUAAAGAGGGAUUGAA